AUGAGCAGAAUUCCAGGCCACAGAAGACCAGCAACUGCGGGGUUGGUGGAGCUUCAUGUCUUCUACGUACCAGAGGAAAAAUGGGAUUCAAAACUGAAUAAAGCUGCAGUAGAAGCCAUUGACAGCUUCAUAUCUGCCGGCUUUAUUAGGGUGUAUCCAGACAUCAGUCUAGAAACACUUAGGGAGGAACUUGGUGGUCUUCUUGGGGCAGAAAGAACAAUUGACAAUUUUUCAUUUUUGAAAUGUGUUGGUCGAAGUUUGGCAUUGGUCAAAGCCAAGCAAGAAAGGGAACUGAGGGUGAAGUCUUUUGUGCCUCCAUAUGCACUUCAGCCAGAAAUAUACCUGCUGCCCAUGGUGGAAAAUGGCGACAGUAUUCUUUCAUGCUCACUCACACCGGACAGACAGAGCUACCACACAGAUCUUCAGGCGUAUAACUCUUCUAAGACAUUCAGUGUGACUGCUAUGAGAAAGGAGCCCACUAAAUUUCCCCAAAUCAAACACCAAGUCCCCCAGCAGCCUCCCCCUGUCCAGGGCCUAGAUGAUGAAGGGAGCUUCAGCUCCAGUGAUGAGAAAGAAGAGGACCUUUUUCCCUCUGAGGAUCCAGGCUGGGGUGAUGCUCAUGGCCCCCUGGGAAGUGUCCGUGAGCAGUCCCACUCUAUUCUAGAACAGGCAGAAAUACCCCCAGCUACAGAGGCUCAGAUGAAAAGCAAGACCUGUGUAAAGAAGGGCCCCCGUUUCCACAGAAACCGUGCCAGAGAUUCUGGAGUUCCCGAGUCACUGGAUGACCAUGAAUCUGGAUUCUCUGUCUCUCAGGGCAGGAAAUACCACAGCCAACAGGGGGGCCAGUUUCUGUGUGAGGUUCUCAUUCAUUUUUGCACUUCUUUACAGGUCCACAAAAAUCCACCUCAACUGCCCACCCCUGCUCAGUACUCCGCACCACCUGCUGCCCCUCUUCUAUCUGUAGCUACUCGAAAACCCACUACCCCAGGUUUCCUAACAGGCAGAGAUGAGUUGAUUGAACAGAUUAAGCUGGCUAAAGAAGAAAGGAAGCAGCUUGAGAAGACAAGGCAAGCCCUGCUGAGAAAAGGCAAAGACCUACUGGCACAGAACAGACACCGCAGGAAUCAGGCUCGGGACAGUUGGAAGAGGAAGUAUUUUGCUACCAAGAAGGCCACCGAACCCCUGGAAAGUACACUAAGAAGUCUCAGACAAGAACUAGAGGCAUUUUAUCAUAAACUUCUCCAACAGCUACAGGCACGGGACAGCAGAAAGAAAGCCAAAUGUGUGGGGAAUCCUUCCCAUACCAAAAAUGAGCUCAUCAUUCAGAUAAUGACAGAGAGUCAUGAAAGAGACAAGCUCAAAAGGAAAGUGGAAGAUGCUAAAAUGAAAGUUGUCACAGAGAUGAAGCUCAGGAAGCAGGCGACAACGGAACUGCAGGCUCUGAAGGCAGAGUUAACACAGAAGAAGAACCAGUCCUCUCUUUCUGGGUCACACGCAGGCUCACUAGGCAAUGAGCUGGGCUUCCAGAGCACGUCUCAGAUUCAAGAUAUCUCUGUCUGA